CGCUCCUCCUGCCGCCAUGGCGGAGCCGCAGGCCGGGCCGGUUUCUUCGUCGGCAGCGGUGGCGGGACCGCCAAAGCCCCAUCCUAAAAGAGUGCCGGAGAUACCCAUGCUAGAGAGGAGGAACUGGUUCAUCUAUCUGCUGUACGUUCGCAGAGAGUACGACGAGUGCAAGGCUGUCAUCAAAGAGCAGCUCCAGGAGUCCCAUGGGAGGUGUGAAUAUGCUGUCUACGUUCAAGCUUUGAUAUUUCGCUUGGAGGGGAAAAUUCAAGAAUCUCUUGAACUGUUUCAGACAUGUUCCAUUCUGAACCCUCGAAGUGCUGACAACCUGAAGCAGGUGGCGCGAUCGCUGUUUCUUCUGGGGAAACACAAGGCUGCCAUUGAGGUGUACAACGAAGCAGCUAAACUUGAUGAAAAGGACUGGGAGAUCAGCCACAACCUGGGUGUGUGCUACAUGUACCUGAAACAUUUCAACAAGGCACGAGACCAGCUAAACAAUGCCCUGGAGAUGAACAGACAUGAUCUGACUUACAUGAUGCUGGGAAAAAUUCACCUCUUGGAGGGGGAGACUGAGAAAGCCAUUGAAGUCUAUAAGAAAGCAAUAGAAUUUUCUCCAGAAAAUACAGAGCUCCUUACGAAACUGGGGUUAAUUUACUUGCAGCUUGGCGAUUACCAGAAGGCUUUUGAACACCUUGGAAAGGCGCUCACUUAUGACCAGGGCAACUACAAGGCUACGUUGGCAGCUGGCAGCAUGAUGCAGGCCCACGGAGAUUAUGACGUUGCCCUGUCCAAAUACAGGGCAGUGGCCAGCAGCUUGCCUGAAAGCCCUCCCCUGUGGAACAACAUUGGGAUGUGCUUCUUUGGCAAGAAGAAAUACGUCGCUGCUAUCAGUUGCUUGAAGCGGGCGAACUACCUGGCUCCUUUUGACUGGAAGAUUCUGUACAAUUUGGGCUUAGUCCACCUCACAAUGCAGCAGUACGCAUCUGCUUUCCACUUCCUCAGUGCUGCCAUCAACUUCCAGCCCAAGAUGGGAGAGCUGUAUAUGCUCCUUGCAGUUGCUCUGACAAACCUUGAAGACAUUGAGAAUGCAAAACGUUCCUAUGAGCAAGCUGUGGCAUUGGACAAGUGCAAUCCCCUCGUCAACCUGAACUAUGCCGUGCUGCUGUAUAACCACGGCGACAAGCAGGGGGCCCUCUGCCAGUACCAGGAGAUGGAGAAGAAGGUCGUUGCACUGAAGGAGAGCAGCACUCUGGAUUUUGACCCCGAGAUGGUGGAGGUUGCCCAAAAGAUGGGAACUGCCCUGCAGGUCGGGGAGAGCCAAGUCUGGACGAGGCCUGCUAAAGAGUCUAAAUCCAAGCAGCGAGCUGCUCCGUCAGGGAAGCCAUUGGGCUCCAACCAGGCCUUGGGUCAAGCCAUGUCCUCAGCUGCUGGCUAUGGGAAAAGCAUGCAGCUGCCAUCAGGUGCCGGAGCAUCCACUCCCCUCGCAAAGCCUCCCUCACUGCCCCUGGAACCAGAGCCAGGCUCACAGCCAGGCCCACAGGUGACCUCAGCGCCAGCAGAGGCCGAGGAGCAGCGGCAGGAGAAGCACAAGAGCCGUCAGGCCGCAGAGUAGGAUGGGCAGGCGUGGGCCUGACCCGACCCGACCUCCUGUGACCUGGAGUGGCUUCAUCCCGCUGUCAGUUAGCAUAGAGGUGGCGUUUCUGUCAGUGAUUUUAGCACGAGGUCUCUGCCUGGUCCCGGGAGUCACCGAGGCAAUCAGCUGAGGACACUGCGUGGCUGCUGCGAGUGCAGUCACCCCUUGCUUCCUCAGGAGGGGGGAGGAUGGCGGCUCAGCAGGGAGUGUGCAGCAGCACAGAAGUCAGCCAGUCCUAAAUUCCAAGUUCUUUGCUGAGAAACAGGGUGAAUGAGGCUCAGCGAAGCCCUGUGCUCCUGUGAUUGAAGUUGUUCCUUUAGAAUUAGUAUUCCCAACAUGGGGCAAAGAUUGGUUUCCGGGGAAAAUAAAGAUCUUUUCUGAGAAGGCUUGCCAUGGUCAGCUUCAGUGCUGAAUUUCUUUCAGUAAAGCUGCAGCCAUGCUCUGAAGAACGGAGUUAUGUCCUCCUUGUGAGACUUUCAGGAGAUUCAGUUCUGCGAGCUGCAAGAAGGCAAAGUAGCCCCGUGGUGAGCAGAGCAAGAGAUCUUAAUGCCCCUGUGCUACUGAGAUGUUGGAGAAACAUCUUUAUUCUCAAAGAGAAAAAUCUUAGCCUUCCUUUCUCCGCUUCUGUCAGUUUUUUUGCAUCUGGGAUUGAUUUAUCCAGAGCUUGACACAGGCCCUCAAAACAACUGUGCUGGGGAACUAAGCUGAGCCUGUCAUGCUUUACGUAAGGAACCAGUAACUGGGUUAAGUAAGUGUAGUUUUCACUCUUCCUCCCCGCUGCAUAGAGUUGUGUUGCUGUGGGACUUGGGAUUUUGCUUUUCCAAGCAGAAAGUGCAGCACUUUCAGCCCAAAGAAGCUGUAGCUUCAGGAAGGCUCGGCUCAUAUGCUAAUAAGCCUGAUGAGCUUUUAAAAAUAAGCUCCUGUUUUUUUUCAUGAUUUCAUAAUCGACACAUCCAGUGGAGUGAGGUUUGUAAUGGAAACCUCCUGCAGCAGCCUGCAAAAGCAGCAUGACCACGGCCCUGGAUACCUUAACGUCCUCCAGCAGCUCUUUCUGGCUAGCUGCUUUUAUCCAGAGCGAUGUUGAUGUGCUUUUAGAGUGCAGCAGGGACCCAAAGUGUUGCCCUGCUCCCCUGGGGCCACUAAAAGUAAGAUCCCUUUGCUUUGUCUGUUUUGAUUGCCAAAACUACCUGCUUACCUCAAAUGUGGCUUCUUUUCGUUUCAUCUGUCCUCUGCUGGUUGGCUUUCUAUCAAUCCAUCCCUGCAGCAGCACUUCUUUAAUGCUUUCCUUGUGCUAGAGCAAAAGGAAUCAGAGGUUUUGUGCAGCAGCCACCAACUGAAACAAACCAGACGAGCUGCAGUGUAAUUCAGGUACAGUGCAGCUAUUUUAUUUGCAUUAAACUUUUUACACUGCAGAUCACUGCGGUGUCAAGGAGUGUCUGUGCAGGAGGCCAGGAGUACAGAGCAGGGGUGGGCUGGGAAUGAUCUCUAGCCCCUAAAGCUUUUGUUCGAGGUGUAUUUUUCUGUAGCCAUUGCUUGUCAUUGUUUGGGCUUACCAUAAUGGGUGGCAGGUUUGGGAAGUUCCAUUUAAGGAGCAGCGUGUGGAACAGAGUGGUCACAGCACUGCUGACACAGGAAGCUUUUUUCUCCAGCUGCUUGUUGUAAGGAGGGUAGGUUUAACUUCAGGACUGUGGCAUUAAGGAACUGCUCUGGGGGAGCAGCCUCAUCUCGUAGGUGGCCAUAGGAACCAGGACCACAGCCUGCCUGAGGCACGUGAGGCUCUUUGCUCACCCAGUCCCACCUGGGCCACCUGUUCUCUUGGCUGCUAGGGGCUCUUAUAGGGCAAGUGCUGUGUGUUACUGAUGGGGUGUGCUGCUGAGGGAGGCACUGUGAAGGUGUUAGAAAUAUUCCUUCAAAGGUACAGAGCUUUAUGCAGAGGAUUAAUUCUCUGUGAAAAAGAACAGUAGCACCUUGUUACUUUCUGCUUUGGAAGGGAGCAGAAGGGAGCUUCGUGUCUGAGGAGGUGUUUUUAAAUAUGUAAUUAUGUUGGAUAAUAAAUAUUACUGCACUGCUUUGUCCCGUCCCCUCUCCUCUUCCUCCCGAGGGCUGCAGCGGCAGUAUUUGCAUACAGAAAAUUCACAGUGUAUUUAUAGAAGCUUUCUAUGCUCUCUAGUGAUGGGAAUGAGGUUGGACUGUUCCUUCAACUGAAAUAAGCAAGGGGUUUUUCAGCAGGCCUGUACCAAAUCACAGAAGGAAUUUGGAAAGCACCACUUGUGUUCCAAAAGCCACUUCUGGCAUCAGCCAUAAUUCUUACUUUGGCAUUGGUUUUAUUUUUCCCUCCUAACUGAAAACAUAAGAUGGAAAAGAAUAAUGAGCUGAAUUUCUAGGGAAGCAGAAGCCACCUGCUUUAGGACAUUUUGUUUCCAGAAAAAAAAAAGUUCAUCAGUUAAUAAGGUAAUUCAAAGUGCUUACACAAGGCGCACUGUGACUUGACGACCUCUCGGGGAAGAAACAGAAGACACCGCAGCUCUCGAAGCCUGGGCAGCAAGAGCUUGCUUCAGCCAGGAGCAGCGGGAUGCGGGCUGAUGCAGCACCCAGCCGCUGCCGUGUUUGCCCUCUUGUGGUCACGGGCAGACGAGGUGAGCGAGGUGGACCCUGCCUUGCAUAGGCCACGAGCGUGGGGGAUUUCCCUCGUGGCAGGGGCAAGGACUUUUCUGCAGAGGCAAGCAAACCUCAGCGCUGAACGGAGAACGGUGAGCUUUACUAAGGAAUAAGUUCCACACAUAGAUACACUACAAAAGGACACAGAAUACAAGUGAUUCGUCUGCCAGGGCCAGUUUCUAUGAAAGCAGUUCCACAAGGAAAGCUUGCAUCACCCUCUGAAACCAAACCGUGCUAAAAUCAGUCUUCUGCAGUGGUUCUUGAAACAGAUGAGCUUUGAAUCCAGUUUUAACCAGGCUGUGCUGAGCAGCUCUCCUGAGAAGAUCACAGGUGAGGCUUUCAGAAUAUUUGUUUCCCCCGCUUGCAUUUUAAUGCAGUGGUUCACCCUUAGCUGCCAGGAUUUGUUUCCUUCAGCUGCUAUGAACUCAGGGAGGGCUGGUAGCAGGUUCACCUUCCAAGGGGACAGUGACUGUUUGGCACCAAUGCCUCUCUCAGGUUUCUGGUGCAGAAGGCAAUGCCCAGGCGUGCUGUUUCCAACCUGCAUCUAUCGAGAAGAGAUUGAGAACUUAAUCUGACAUCUCUGAACAGAGGAGAGAUUGUUUUUGCGUCUACAAUGAAGUUUGGCUAAAGAGUUUCAUCAGACUCUGCUGCUAGAGGGGAAGGCAGACAGGAGUGAGGUCUGGGAGUGUGAGGCUGAACAUGCAGCAGAGGUUUGCUUCCCCAGCCACUCAAACCUGUAAAACAAAGCACAAAGACAAGCUUCAAUAUUCCAAUUUCCCUCUCAAAUCUCCUCCCUGCCUGACUGUGGGAUGUGAGACAGACUUAGUUAAGGGUUCUGGUCCUGGUAUUUCAACCAACAAAUCUACAGGUGUAUUUAUUUUUCCCCAAAAUGAAGCUACUACUGUGGUAUGAUCAUUGAGUUUAAACUUAAUUCCGUGCUUUUAUCCAAACUUUCCCUGCUUCAUGCCACUGGUUCUCCAGUCCAUUAAAAACCACUGAAUACUCAUAAGACAAACAGGCCACAAAAGUCCUGCCAGAUGUGCUCCGGCUGUGUUUCACAGCAAAAACAAAACAAAGCACCCAAGCAACAAUAAUGCAGUGGGGAUGGAUGAAAACACCAGUCCAGGGACAAGUUCCAGCCCUCCCACUUAAAAAGUACUUCAGGGGAGCUCUUUCAUCCUGUGCUAAAAACCUGCUGCCCGUUUCCAUUUCAACAAGGUGUGUGAAAGCAGAUUGAAUCUAAACUCGUAAUAUUUGUGUUGAGUACAAGCCAAAGUUACCCUUGGGACAGUUACCUGACUUUAAAUAGCCAAAAUAGGCUACCACAGCCCAACAAGCCUCCUAUCAGCAAAUGUUUUUGGAAGAGAACGGGGAAGCAGAGCAGCAGGACCAGCGCUCGUGACAGCUGUGUGUAUUUGGUUUGGUUUGCUUUCCUUUCCCGCUUGAGAAUCCACGCUGCCUGGUCCGAUGCCAGGGAAGCUGCUGGUGGUCCCAGCCAGCCAUGAUCAAAGGUUACACAACGCCCCUGCUGACGGCCUCAGACCUGCAGACGGUUGUCAGGAGACGUUUUUUAUUUGUUAUUUUUUUUUCCUGUAGGAAGACUAAACCAGAACUUCGAGUCCCGCGCUACAGUUUAUAAAUAAUAACUUUUAAAAAGACACUGAAGAGAAAGGCGUCCAGUCUUGAGGAGAUCCUGCACUGAGAUACACACUGAGAGUCAGCGGGAGGCCAGCGUGGGACACGCAGUGGGAAAACACAGCACUGACCGUUUCUCUCGUCUCACAGACGACUUUGCUCAGAGGGAGAGGAGCAGUUAAAUACAUGCUGACAGAUAACAUUUUGCAUGGUGUCCAUAAAAGUUCAAACAGCUGUCAAUCUUUGUCCUUACAGAGCAUUCACAAUGGUGUUUUCCACCAGGAGGACGUCACUAAAUGCCAUACAGCAGCCUUGCUGAAACAGGUCGCUCCAGCCUCGGUGAUCCUGACUCUCCUCCUGCUGCUCGGAUGACCUACGAUCCUGGUACAGCACAGGUUUGCACAGACACAUUUAACUGUCACACUGAAAAUAUCCGUAUGAUAGCUAUGGAAAUAGGAACUGGAAGUGGCAGAGACAAAGCUAUGCUGGAAAAGAGACAGAAAGAAUACUGAUGCUGUGCAAUCAGUGAUGGGCUGUUAGCAAAAGGUAAAAAAUAUAAAUAACGUAUUAAACAAUACACAGAUUAAACAAGGUUUCUAAACUAGCAAGGCCAUGACACUAUUCAAUUCGACUGAUAAGACACAGCUCUAUUUUAAUUUUUUUUUUUUUUAAUUUAAAAGGCUGUCCAGAGCAAAGACAGUGACCUCAUCAAAGGAAAAAAAGCUCCCAUCAGCCUUCCCUGCUAAACACUUAGAGCUUCUGAGGGCCCUUCCCUAAUAAAUCCAUCUGAACAGAAGGCAGCAAAACUGUAGAAAACUGCUCAGGAGUUCCCAACAAAAAAUUAGUCUCCAGCACUCAACAGGUUGCUGUAAGCUGUACAGCACCCCACAUAAGCAGCUGUUAGCAAAGGGAGCAAGCAGCGAGCCCCUGUGGCUGUGCUCUUGGGGUUCAGCACGUAGCAGACACAGGUAACGUUUUGUUGUUUACCCGACAAAAAAAUAAAGCUGUCUCCCCAAAUAUAAACCCUGAAUAUCUUCACUUUCAGUUGCCCCAAGACUAACUGCAGGCAACGAGUCGAAUCCUGUCAGUCACAGAAAGAACAGAUACCCAAAAUAAUUUAAACUGCCUUGAGCCCACCUGUGCACUGAAGGAGCAGGUACAGCGUGCAUCACAUUUUCGGGCUCUGGCUCCCUCCGCCGCAGGGGCACUGAGGUUGAGAGGUAAUUUUGGCAGGAACAGAUUUCAUCAGCACAUGGAGCGAGCGGAAGGUUUGCUCCUGCCACCUAGCCAUGUGCUGGGAGGAGAUAAUGCAGGAGUUUUCUAUUUUUACUUUAUCAUAAGCAAGACAGGGCUGAGCAGCACUGUGCUCUCCCUGGGAUCCAUGGGGAGGAAGCUCUCAGGGCUGCCACAUUUUCCAGCACUAGCAGACAAACCCACGUGCAGUUACAAAGAGCAGACCUCCUCCAAAUGUGGAUUUUGAUUGUGUCCCCCCCCAAAUACUUAAGACAAAGAAAAGCCAAUUUUCACAUUAAAUAUGAAAACCUCUGCACUUAAACGUGAGGUGUUCUAGUCACUGCAAAGCGACUGGAAUGUAUCUGACGGUUUACACCUGGAAUUGUUCUUUGGCUCUUCUGUUAUACCCAGAAAACACACCGCACCCUGACUCUGUUCCUAUAUCAGCGCCGGCUGAAAUCCUAGUGAUAACAGCACGGUUCCUCAGACACCGUACAGUACUGGAGACAAAGGGGACCUCGGUCUUCUACUGAAGAUUUAUUUCUGAAUAUAGCAGUCCUUCAGCUGAGAUAGCAUCCCCGAGUCCCACGGUCCGCACGGGAUCUUUGCACACCAGAACAGGCGUGAAAUGGAAGGAGAUGCCUUCUCUGUGCCAAUGCACCACUGGCUCGUCUGGAUUUAAGGAUAUUUUGGAAGGAGCCUCUAUCUGGGAGGUGACAAACUCCAGAGGAGCUUUAAGAAAGACUCUGCUAGUAUCGAUGGUUUCUGUCGCGCAGGCCUGCGCCCCUGCCGCU